AUCCGCUUAUACACUCCUUCGCCUUUUGAUAUCCCAUACACGCACAUCUACAGCAAACUCCUUCUCCUGAGCGCCAUUCUCCUCUAGCAAAGCAUUGUAACCAUGACUAUCGAGAGCUACAGCAACAAAUCCCGCAAGGCCCAAACUACAACCAAGACAGGCGGCCUGAGCGGCUUCUUCAGCUCCAUGUUCCACUCCUGCUUCCCAAAGAACACAACCAAAAAUGCAACAUGGACCAACUGGGCCAAGAACCAGUCUUGUCGUCCCGCCGACAUCUUCUACCCCGAAACCCUUGAGGAUCUAAAGAAGAUCGUCAACAUGGCCCGCACGAAUGGCAAGAAGGUCCGAUGUGCAGCGUCGGGCCAUUCCUGGUCCUCUACGUCUGUCACGGACGGAUACCUGGUGGUCGUCAACAAGAUGGAGAAUGUGUAUAGUCCUGUCUAUUCUGAAAAGGAAAAGACCUGGACCGUGCAGCUCGAGACAGGUGUCUUGGUCAAGGACUUGGACAACGUGCUGAGGGACCACAACCCUCCAUUGACGCUGCCCUCGAACGUCGUAUUGGACUCUGUUCGCUAUGGCGGCGUUCUGAGUCUUGGCUGUCAUGGUGCCGCAACACACACCCGCACCCUUCCGGAUCUCGUGAGCGAGGUCACCAUCAUCGACGCCAACGGAAACCUGAACACGUUCUCACAAGAGAAAGAUGCAGAAGAAUUUUCAGCAGCCUGCGUCAAUCUCGGCCUACUCGGUGUCAUCUACAGCUACACACUCAGGGUCGAGCCCAUGUUCAAGUUGCACAUGACGGACACGUAUCCGCCUCUCAGCGACUACUUUGCUUCGCCUAAUUUGUGCGGCCCAAAGCUCAAGGCCAUGGUCUUGGCCAAUGACCAAACCGAGAUCUUUUACUGGCCCUUUAACACACCUGACCUGGGCGCUGCCAAUGAUCGCAUCUGGGUGAAGCAGUGGCAGCGUACCACAGUUCUGCCAGUUAGCAUCAGUAAAGAAUGCGAAGCCUUCCACAAGCUGAUUCAAGGGUAUGAGACUCAGUUUGGUGAACAUCUAUACGAAUUCAUGGCAAAGCAUCCCUCGAGCACACCAUUUGUCAACUGUCUACUGUUCAAGGCAGUCGGAAAUAAGGACGUAGAGCAGGUCUUAGAGGCGCCUGACGCGAUUCAUUAUCAGGCUGGGAUUGAUAACCUGCCGUGUGUGGAUUUGGAGAUGGCGUUCAAGGUCAACGAGGAUUUUUCGAAUGUGGUCAUUGCCUGGAACUACGUGAUUGAACAGCUAUACGAAUAUGCGAGCCGUGGCGAAUUUCCAUUCAACCUCACGCUCGAGAUGCGUUUUGUCAAGUCAUCUUCACUGCUCAUGUCGGCAGCGUAUGACACAGACCCCGAAGCGAUCUACUGCAUGAUCGAGAUUCUUUCGGUCAACAACACCAAGGGUUUUGAUGAGUUCUCGAGUAAGAUUGCCAAGUUCUGGAUGGACAAUUUCCGCGCAAGGCCGCAUUGGGCAAAGAUGUGGGAACAUGUACCGGGCAUUGUGCCCUAUCUCCGCCAGCAGGACAGCGAACGUUACGAUCGCUUUGAAGUCGUGCGUAGGAAGUACGAUCCUAAUGGCAUGUUCAUGAACUCGACCUUUGCCGGUGUAUUAGGCCAUUAGAAACAAAAAAAAAGAUAUGCGAGAAUUUAUACCGCUUAAUACAUGACCAUUGCACAUACAUUUCGCAGCCCAGA